AUGAUCUCCGACACCGACCCGGCUGAAGUGCUUCUCAAUUUCACCGUGCAAGAUACCGUUUUUGCAGUUUCUUUCGGCCAGCUCGACAGCUCGCUUCAUGACAGUAUUCGGAUGGCACUUGCCCAAGGUCUCGCCAUCGGCGCAGGCGCCUUGCUUUUGUUUGUCUCGUGGUUUGUAAUUGUCAACAAAAAGACCCCCAUGUUCAUUUUGCACCAGGUGUCUUUGUUGUUGCUCAUCAUCCGCUCGGGGCUUUAUAUCGGAUACCUCCUCGGCCCUUUCAACUCGUUGUCCUUCACAUACACCGGUCUUUUCUACGACUACUGGGAUAGCUUCCAUAUGACCAUUGCCGUGAACACGUUUUAUGUCUUGUUGAUUGCUUCCAUCGAGUGUAUCCUCGUCUACCAGAUCCACGUGAUCUUCAAGUCUGCAAAGGCCCGCUCUUUUGGCUUGGUGUUUCUGGUGGUCUCGGCGGCGCUUGCAGUGGUGGUAGUGGUUCUCUACAUCAUCAGCAUCACCCACAAUUUGAUGAGUGUGAAGGCUCGAAUCACCGACGGGUAUUCUGAGUACGCGAGCUGGGAAAACAACCUUCCGUUCAUCAUGUUUGCGGCGUCCAUCAACUACACAUGCGUGCUUUUGAUGGCCAAGUUGCUCAUUGCUGUGAGAACAAGAAGAGUGUUGGGCUUGAAGCAGUUCGAUGCCAUGCACAUCUUGCUUAUCAUGUCCACACAGACAUGUAUCAUUCCAUCGAUCAUGGUCAUCUGGUCGUACACAGGAUCCCGAAGCACGGUGUUUUUGAACUUGAGUGUGAUUAUCAUCGUGUGCAACUUGCCGCUCAGCUCGCUCUGGGCGUCCUCUGCUAACAAUUCCUCCACCCCCAGCUCUUGUCAAAACUCGUUCUUCAGCAGAACAAGCACCAACGACUCGGCAGACAAGACCUUGUCUUCUAUCCCAAUCUCCGACUUUGAAAAGGGCACAUUGGCGGAGUCCAUUUCCGAGGCAGCUGGUAUGCAUGGGGAUGUGGAUUCCAUUGAGAGAAUUCUCCGUGAGGUUGAGCAGGAGCAGGCUUAUGAGCACUAA